UGGCAGUCUGUGAUCUACAGGCCAAACGGUCUUUUGCGUUUUGAAAGGGGGAGGAGAAUUAUCCCUCUCCUUUCCCGGUCGAUUUUGCGUUCUACCUCCCUGCGCAUUUUCCACUCGCCUAUAAUUUCCUGGUUCUCAAACGCAAUGUCACCGGAGGCGGAUGUGAGCGGAUCUCACAGGUGUGUCCCUUGCCAACUGAGCCAUAGCUCGAGAAGAAUCACACCUGGGAUCACCAUGUGAUCCUGUACCUGGGCGUGGAUAAAGUCCUGGACUCUUGUUGAGUUGUCCGUGUCGUCUUGCAGUAGGAAUUGUCAACCAGUGCCCCCUUGUAUUUUCGACUGAACAGUGCCUUUCUCUAACUCUCCGCGCUCUCGGGAAGAUAAAAUGUGAACUUUACAUGCAUUUUGCUUGAGGACUUAUUAUACAUUUUUAGGGGGACUUUCAAAUCUGGACAGCUCCGUGUUAGUUUCAGGCAACUACUGUUCUUCCAAGCACUUAUUUACUGUGGCCACCCUGAAGAGGCCUGAAUGAAAAGGAGAGCGGACGGCGAGGGGAUAUGAUUGUGCACUUCCUCCUCGGCAACUACAGGAAGUAAUUGAGCUCUACAGGAAAGAUGGCGAGCUGGGUCCAGGCCGCUCCUCUCCUCCCCCUGCUCCUCCUGUUCUGCCUGACUGCAGCCGGGGGCCCGCUGCAGGAGGAGGCGGUCCUGGACUUCUCCUCCAAAACGGCCAUCAACAACGUGGUGCAGGACCCUCGGAGCGGCCGCGUCUACCUGGGCGCCAUCAACACCAUCUACCAGCUGGACGCAGUGCUGCGCGAGGAGGCCCGCGCCGAGACGGGCCCCAGGGAGGACGCCCGCACCUGCACCCCGCCCGUCUCGGCCUGCCAGGACACCAAGCCCAGCCCUAACGUCAACAAGCUGCUGCUGGUGCACCCGGCCAACGGCUCGCUCAUUGUCUGUGGCUCUCGCUACCGGGGAAUCUGUUCCCUCCUCAACCUGACCAACGUGGAGCAGCAGCUGUACUACAGCGACUCGAAGGGCGAGAGGACCUAUGUGGCUAGUAUCGAGGACGGGGUGGCCGUGGUGGGCGUCAUGUCUACGUACGUUAAGGACGGCAACGCCUUCAAUGUGUUCCUGGUGGGGAAGGGCUACGGCAGCCUGGACAGCUCCAAGCUCAUCAGCACGCGCAUCCUCCAGGACUACCGCGACUGGGUGGUGUUCGAGAGCAUCGUCGAGGCGUCCACCGUGCAGGCCACGCCCUUCGUGCCCAAGUACCUGCACGACUUCCGCCACGCCUUCAAAGAGGAGGGCUUUGUCUACUUCCUGUUCUCCAGGACCAUGGGAAGCACCGAUAACAAGAACUUCACCUUCGUGUCUCGGCUGUGUGAGGACGACCCUCACUACUACUCUUACACAGAGCUGCAGCUCAACUGUGGCCCGGGGAACAGGUACAACAAGGUGCAGGCAGCCUAUGUGGCGUCCCCAGGUAAAGAGCUGGCCCGGGGGAUGACGGAGUCGGGCCAGUAUGGUCAAGUACUCCCCUGGCACAAGGUGUUGUUCAUGGUGGCCAGUCCCUACGAUGACAGCGCUGACUCGGCCCUGUGCAUGUACCCUCUAAAGGCCAUCAACGAGAGGCUGGUGGACCUCAUCAGCGCCUGCUACAGCGACUCGGGCAAGAUCGCCGGCACCCCAGCCGUGGACAUCCCCUACUCCUCCAAGACAGACGAGUUCUGCACCUCCCGCAUCGAUAAAGACACGCUGAACAACUUUAAGUGUGGGGCGGACUUCCUUCCAGCUCCACUGGCCAGUAAGCCAGAGUUUGCCCUGCAGGCAGAGGUGGUCAUCACUAGGACGAGCAUACUGACCGCUGUGGCCGUCGCCGUGGAGAACGACCACACUAUCGCUUUCCUGGGGAACAGCCUGGGAGAGGUGUACAAGGUACAUCUGACCACCAACCCAGAGGUGUACAGCAGAGGACCAGGGGACACCACGGGGGAACGAGUCAACAAAAACCUCUUCUUCGACGCCGGCCACAGCCACCUGUAUAUCACCACCGAGAAAAAAAUCACCAAGGUGCCAGUGCAGGCGUGCCAUUUGAAAACAGACUGCCAGUCCUGUGUGUCCACACGAGACCCCUACUGUGGCUGGUGUGUUCUGGAGGGCAGGUGUACCAGGAGGUCCUCCUGCCGGCGAGCGGAGGAGAAGAACGGCUGGCUGUGGAGCCCCAAGCAGCAGUGUGUGAAGAUUGUGUCCUUCCACCCACCCAACCUCAGCUGCAGAAAGACCCAGCAGGUGUAUGUCGUGUGUGGCCAGUCCAUGGGGCUGCCAGUGGAACACACAGGACCACACCUGCCUGGACGUGGAUGGUACAGUGUCGGGCCCUCAGAUCAUCAAACACAGACAGGGAGCGAGGUGUCCCCAGUUUGAAAACCCUGACCCUGUGCUCAUUCCUGUUGGGUUCAAAACCACCAUCAGCUUCGAGGGCAUCAAUCUGGAUGUGUACCAGGACCGGACAUUCACCAUCGGCACGGAGCUGAUGAGGAGCUUGAAGGAGGACGUCAGGUCUGAAGACGGGCCUUUCUACAGUUUCAGCGGUUUUAAUUUUUCCUUCGACAAGUCACAGGAAACCAACGUUCUGUUCUACGUGAAGGACAAAGAGACGGGCAGGAAGAUAGACAGCACGCUGAAUGUGACCCUAUAUAACUGCUCACUGGGCCGGGAGGAUUGCAGCCUGUGUAAGAACGCUGCUCCUAAGUACAGUUGCGUGUGGUGCGCCAAGAGAAAGUCGUGCGUCUAUGAGAAGCUGUGUAUUGACCAGGCCACAGAGGACCCGCAGGACACCGAGUGCCCUGACCCACAGAUCACUGACAUCAUCCCUCGCUACGGACCCGUGAAGGGGGGCAUCUCUGUCACCAUCAAGGGCUCCAACCUGGGCAUCCACAAGGAUGACAUCAAGGCCGUCAGUGUGGUGGGGGUCCCCUGCAUACACCAGGAGGACCGAUACGCCGUCUCCACCAGUGUGGUGUGCGAGAUCGGCCCCUUGGACCCGCUGAGCACCAACUGGGGGCCGGUGGAGGUGGAGCUGGAGGGAGGGAAGAGAGGAACGUCCUCCGUUUUCUUCACAUACCGGGACCCCAUAGCCAGCUCGGUUCACCCCGACAAGGGCUCCAAGGCCGGGGGCAUGGUCAUCACCAUCUCUGGCUCCAACCUGGACACAGCCACCAGGGAGGACGUCAGCGUCACCGUCGGCGGGGUGGUGUGCGCUGUGGAGACUUUCGGUGCGAACAUCACCUGCAGGAUGGGAGAGUACCGGGCAGACAAGGUCCCCUCUGACCUGCUCAUGGUCACGGUAAAGUAUGGGAAGAGCACCACCACGGCCGUCCCCACAGCCUUCCAGUUCUGGGAGAACCCCACUAUCCUGGACCACCACCCCAAGGGAAGCUUUGUGUGUGGUGGAAGGACCAUCGUGGUGACAGGAUCCGGGUUUGACCUCAUCCAGAACGCCAUUAUGAGGGUCCAGGCCUCGGCAGACGAGUGGUCCGGCAUGACUCCUACUGAGUACCUCCAGGAGGCUCUGAAUAAGAACGACACGGUUCUCCGGUUCCUGUCCCCUGCCGUCAACAGGUCCUCUGAGACCCAGGUGUUCAGGACCUUCAUCCAGCUGGACAACUGGGUGAGGGAGCUCAAGCCCUUCGACUACCACCCCAACCCUGCCUUCAACCCCCUCACCAAGAAGAUCAUCACUGAGACCUCCAUCAUCAUCGUCACUGGGCGAGGCUUCUCCAAGGCCAUGACAGCCAAGGAGGCCCAGGCGUUUGUGGGGGACAUCCCCUACUUUGUCAACACCCUACAAGAUGACAAGCUGUUCCUGGACCCCCCAUCCAGCCAGCCCCGGGCCCUCUCCAAACGUCACCGCAGACGCAGAGACACCAGCUCCGACCCAUUGGACCUGCUUAUUAAGUUUGGGAAUGGAGAGUGGGUGGUGGGCUCUGUGCACUACGAGAGGAAGAACGAGGUAUCUCUCUUAAUCAUCCCUGCAGUCAUCGUCCCCAUGCUACUCAUCAUCCUCAUUUCUGUCUACUGCUACAGGAGGAAGAGCCAGCAGGCUGAGAGAGAGUAUGAGAAGGUGAAACACCAGCUGGAGAAUCUGGAGGAGAGUGUACGAGACCGCUGCAAGAAAGAGUUCACAGACCUGAUGAUAGAGAUGGAGGACCAUACCAACGACCUGAGCGAGGGGCGAAUCCCCUUCCUGGACUAUAAGACCUACACGGACCGCGUCUUCUUCCUGCCCUCCAAGGACGGGGCCAAUGAUGUGAUGAUCACGGGCAAGCUGGACAUCCCUGAGGCACGGAAGGCCAUUGUGGCCCAGGCCCUCAACCAGUUCUCCAACCUGCUCAACUCCAAGACCUUCCUCAUUAACUUCAUCAAGACUCUGGAGGGCCGUCCAGACUUCAAUGCCCGGGCCAAGGUGUACUUUGCCUCCUUGCUGACGGUGGCUCUGCACGGGAAGCUGGAGUACUACACUGACAUCAUGAGGACCUUGCUGCUGGAGCUCAUGGGGAACUAUGUCGACAGCAAGAACCCCAAACUCAUGCUGCGCAGGUCGGAGACCGUUGUGGAGAGGAUGCUGUGUAAUUGGAUGUCCAUCUGUCUUUACCAGUUCCUCAAGGACUCUGCAGGGGAGCCCUUGUACAAACUGUUCCGAGCCAUCAAGCACCAGAUCGAGAAAGGUCCAGUAGAUGCCAGAGUGAAGAAGGCCAAGUACACCCUGAACGACACGGGCCUGCUGGGAGACGACGUGGAGUACUGCGUUCUGACUCUGCAGGUGCUGGUGCACGGGGAGGGGCCAGACGUGACGCCCGUCAAGGUGUUGAACUGCGACACGGUGUCCCAGGUGAAGGAGAAGAUCAUCGAGGCGGUGUACAGGAACCUGCCCUACUCUCAGAGACCCAAGGUGGACAGCGUCACUUUGGAGUGGCGCCCUGGCUCCACGGGGCAGAUCCUGUCAGACCUGGACCUGACGUCCCAGAAGGAGGGCAGAUGGAGGCGCAUCAACACGCUGGCCCACUACAACGUGCGAGACAACGCUACUCUAGUCCUGUCCCGGGUCCUUCACACUCAACAGAACUACGACCAGAACCAGGAUAACCAAGAGGAGAGAAACUCUUUGUUGGACGACGACAAGGUGUUCCAUCUGGUUCGGCCUGAUGAGCUGGAUGAGAUGAAGUCCAAGAGGGGCAGCAUGAAGGACAAGUCCAUGACCAAAGGCAUCACUGAGAUCUAUCUCACACGACUGCUCUCUGUCAAGGGAACACUGCAGCAGUUUGUGGAUGACUUCUUCCGCAGCGUGUUGUGUUCCGGGGCGGUGGUGCCGCCCGCCAUCAAGUACUUCUUUGACUUCCUGGACGAGCAGGCGCUCAAACAUGACAACGUGGAUGAGGAGACCAUCCACAUCUGGAAGACCAACAGUUUGCCUCUGAGGUUCUGGGUGAACAUCCUGAAGAACCCUCACUUCAUCUUCGACGUCCACGUGACGGAGGUGGUGGACGCGUCACUAUCCGUCAUUGCUCAAACCUUCAUGGAUGCCUGCACCAAGAGUGAGCACAAACUCAGCAGGGACUCUCCAAGUAACAAACUACUCUAUGCAAAGGAGAUCUCCACCUACAAGAAGAUGGUUGAUGAUUACUACAAGGGCAUCAGACAGAUGGUAUCAGUCAGCGACCAGGACAUGAACACUCAUCUGGCAGAGGUGUCUCGGACUCACACAGACAAACUCAACAUACAAGUGGCUCUGUAUCAGCUCUACCAGUACGCGAGCAAAUACUACGACGGGAUCAUCCAGUCCCUAGAUGAGGACCCAGCAGCCCAGAGUAAACAGCUCACCCUGCGGCUGCAGCAGAUAGCAGCCGCCCUGGAGAACAAAGUGACAGAUCUCUAACCUACUGGAGGGGGCCAGGGAGAUGGAGGGAGGGAGAUGGUACCGUGCCUCCAGUGUCCACAGGGGCUUAUUUCUCCUGGCAAAGGAGAGAGAAACUGAGAAGAUGGCCUCACAGGGCCUUGAUGUUGAUGAUGACACCUUCAACCCAGCAGGCCCAGAAUGUGGGACAGUUCAGAGUCUGCGGAGUGGCGCAGUAUGGGACCAAUGAAGCAAGGAGAGAGAUAGAUGAGGAUGGGUUACACAUGCCGUCAUAGGUACGCCUUAACUUAAGUCCACUUGCGAAACUGAAAUAGGUGGUCCUCAUUGCUCACUCUGGCUGUUCCCACAAUGCAACAGGGGGCCAGCCGCCGGAAAUAAGCCCCUGUGUCGAUCACUCAUGGCACAAAGAGAUAAUCAGAUGUUCAAUUUAUUCCUGUCUAGAAAAGUUGUAAGAAUUGUAUUAUAUAUAUUUUUUAUUGUGAGGUCUUAAUGCGGAAAGCUUUACGAGGAGAUAUUAUCUUUUUAAAUGGACCGCCUUGUGGUGUGGAUUGUGUUUCUAUAGCCAGUGUGUGAAUGUGGGUUUGUGUGCGUGUGUGCGUGCACGGGAUGCCUACUGUCAGGCCACAGGGUGGAUGCCCUAUCUGUCAUUUUAAUCUCCACAUGUCACCGACAGACAGGAACCUGUUCUCCCACUGAGCUCCUCUACACAGACCAAAGGGUCAUGCCUGGGACAGGCUAACUGACUGGGACAGGAUAUUAGAAAUGACAGGCCGUCAAUAGUGAUUUUUUUUCAAAAUGAUCGUUUUUAUUUGUGUUUAGAAAAUGUGUUCACAUGCUUCAGAGCUCGAUCGAAUGUUGUGGCUGCCAAUACACCCGUAGGUCCUUACAUUCAGAGAUCAAUAGCGCAUCUGUUUCCCCUUGUAGGAGUACAUACUAACACAUUCCACUGAAACUUAAGCACUGUAUGUAAUAAAGGGUAAAAAAAAAAUCUACUUUUGACAACCUUAGUUAGUUUUACCCUGCAGCCCCCCCCCCCCCCCCCCCCUGAUUCUGUGCAAGCAAAAUAACAGAUAAUUGAAUAUAUUUUGAAUAAUUCCUCUAUGUAGCCAGUCAAACAUACAUAUUUAAUAACAGCCGUGCAAUAACAUCUAAACUGUCAGACACAAGCAAUGGGGAUCAUUCAUAUCCCACUCAUGUGUGUUACUUGUACUAUUUGUUGUUAACCAUUUCAUCUUCAGUAAACGAUGCAGCAAUACUUUAUUUAGGACACGAGUACAAAUAUGCAGAGGUGGGAAAUAUAAAUAAUAUGACAGGAGAUAUCGUACAGUAACCAACUUACUAAGUAAUGUGACCAUGAUGGUACAUGCUGUUAAUCGUGUUUUGUGUUUCCUUAUGCCGUUGUAUGCCAAAUGACCACUGUCAUAAUAUCCCAUAAUGAGUUACGUUGUAAGCUUCAAACGGUACUAAAAUAGAAUGGUAGUCUUUUCAAUGAGUAAUGAUUUCUACAACAUGCAUUGGUAUGAUGUGUCACAAGUCAGGUUAAUUCAUGGUCAUAAUAAUUCAUUGCAAUACAAAAUUGAUAUGGCAUUCAAGUAGGCCAUAGUUGAGCUGGUGCCUGAUUAUAAUUUGGAGAAUUUUUGCCAAGUCAAAUCAGUUACAUUUUCAAUUUUCAUCUUUCACGCGACCACAGAUUUGUAAUUUUCAAGCUCCCUGAAUUUGACCAUCAGUCAGUGCGUGGUCUAGUGUCAGAAUAGAUGUUUUAAGUUCCAGACCCCAGAAUGUUAGUGAUAUUCCUGCCUUUGGUAGAGUGAGGUUUGCACAGAGCCUGUGCCUGCCUGUCUCCACAGCAGCUAGCCUGGCACCCUGGCCAAGCCGCACUUGGCACUGCCCACUCAGCACAGAACGGAGUGGCACACUGCAUAAUGGCAUCAGUGGGGGAUGUUUCUGCUCUUAAUUGCAUCCAGUCUGCAUCCUCCUCUGACGCUGUUGUUUACCACAGCAGAUUCCACUCCUGACCGAGUGAUGCAAAAGCUUUUUUCAAGCCUUUCUUUAACCAAAACGUGCCUUAUAUGAUGAUAAUAAUAUCAUUUGUAUUGUUUUAUUGGUGAUAUAACUAAGCAGUUAUAGUAAUAGAAGACACAGCAAUGUAUUUGCGAUUGUGAUAUGUAUGUGCUAUCAACUGCUACAGUUCUGCUGCAGGCAUUGCGUGCCAAUAGGCUGAAAACAUUUCAGUAUACUUUCUAUGGUUGCAGAUUUGAUGUGUGCAUUUAUUUUGGGUGUCAGUGGUGUGUGUGUGUGUGUGUGUGUGUGUGUUUUAGUAGGAUCAUGAUGGCUAUGGCAACAGCCCAAAUAAGUGUAAAGCAGUAGCCAACCCCAAAUGGUUUCCCCCUAAAAUGUCUGGCAUUCCUAAAUUAGUCUUAAGACAAAGUUACAAAUGUAGAAUAUUGAGUACAAAUGGUUCCAAUGUUGUUUUUGCCCCGUGAUUCUAAGCUGUUCCUCUGUGUGUAUGAAAAACGACUAUCUAUACUCGACAAUUACCUUUCUUACUGCUGUGCAGUAAUUAUUUUAAUUUCUUGUUUCCUAUAACAUAUACCUUUGUAAAAAGACAACAUGUUGAAAUACCGUAUUCUAACUGUAUAAUCCUAUGCAUUAAGUCCCGGGGGGAGAAAAAAACAAAUUUGUUGUGCUGUUGUCGAGAUCUUUCCUUUCCUUGUGAACGUGCCGUGACUUAAGAAAAAUGGGACAGGAAAUUAGUGCAGGACCUUAAUGAAACCCAACAUUUUUCUCAUCCAAGGCAGCUCAGAAGACGUCGAUUAUGUUACCUGAUCUGUUUGUAACGGAUCACUCACUUCUCAAGAGGCUUGUGUGGAUGGGGCAAUUACAUACAGGUUGCAUCAUCUACUCCUCCAUGAAUAAACUGAGACAUCCAUGUC